AUGUCCUUGCUCGCCGAGAACCAACAUGGACAGCGGCAGCCAGGUCCAUCACCAAUGACUCCCGAAAGCCAACUCGCGCACAAAACCGGCCCUGCAAUCCCCCAAGUCCUUCAAACCGAGCCGCCCCGUUCAACGGGGUCCGGCAACCAAGCUCUCUUCCGCCUCAUCCCCGACUUCCAGGUAACCGACCGCGAAGCAUCACGCUUCCUCUCCAUAUACGCCUCCGAAUACGCGCCCAACUUUCCCUUCGUCAUGGUCCCCUCCGCCGCCACCGCCCACGGCCUACACGACCGCAGCCCAGGCCUAUUCUGGGCCAUCAUGACCGCCGUGGCGCCGCAGUCCUUGGCCGUCCAGCAGCGCGUCAAGACGUGGUUCCGGCAGUACGUGGCAGACCAUGUCAUUGUCCGGCAGGAAAAGACCCUGCAGCUACUGCAGGCCAUUCUCGUGCAUCUCGCGUGGGGCGACUUCCACUUCUACAUCAACGCCGAAGCAACAAACCUCCUACACCUCGCCCUGGCGCUGGCCACGGACCUCCGGCUCGACAAGUCGCCCGAAUCCAGCGCCGCCACGAUACGCUCCCAGCUCGGCGAGGCCUGGACGGCCCUCCAUCAGGGGGGCCCCAGCCGACUCGGCAUCCCGCACACCCUCGACGACCAGAGAGCCGUCCUGGGCCUCUACCACCUGUCUUCACUAAUCUCGGCACUGUUCAAGCGCGGCCCCCGAUUCCCCUGGACGCCCUACCUCUCCCAAUGCUGCGACGCGCUCACCAGCGCCCGCGAGCACCCAUCAGACGCCCUCCUCGCCGCGCUCAUCCGUAUCCAGCACAUCGCCGACGGAGCGUACAGCAUCCUCCCCACGCCGGGCGGCACGGCGCGCACAUACACCGCCCCCCUCGACAUGGCCGUCGCCCACGCCCGGCGCCAACUCGACGCCUUUGCCGGCGCGCAGCCCGAGACCGUCCAACAAGACAGUAAGAAAGCCCUCCCCCCUGCCCCGAAAUCCGCAUCUCAAAGCCCCAGCGCGCCGCUCACGCCCCCUCCCUUCCCUGCAGGACUCUUCACCACCUGCCACCGCGUGCUCACAACGCGCCUCUACGAGCCGGCCCUGGCCACGGCGGCCCCCGCCCCGACCGACCCCGACGCCCUCCCCGGCGAGCCCUUCCUCCGCGCCGACUCGCUAGCCAAGUGUCUCGACUCGUCGCGCGACUCCCUCGCCGCGCUGCUCUCCGUGCCCCCCGAACACCUGUGCCGCCUGCCGCUGACGGCCUCCGCCGCCCUCGCCUUCACCGUCGCAACCACCUGCCGGCUGCUGCUGCUCGACGCCGCGCCCGACUGGCAGCCCGACGCGGCCCGGGCCACGCUCGACUUCGCAACCACCCUCGAGGGGCUGCAGGACAACUUUGCCCGCGCGGACGAGUGGGCGGCGGAGAAUGCCCGCAGGAGGAGGCUCGGGGGGGACGGCGGCGGCGGCGGCGGCGGCGAAAACACCAGGCCGGACCAGUAUACGAGCAAGCUGGGGUGGAUCCGGCAGUGGUACAUGGCAAAGACGGGGCAGGCGGAGCAGCGGCCGGCCGGGGCGCGGGCCCAAGAGGGCACUUUGAUGCCGGCGGCACAUGCUGAGCCGUGGCCCCAUGAUGUGACGCUCGACUUUGACUUUUGGCCGGAUUUGAUAUCCAUGUCUGACAUGGCCGUGCAGACAUUCUCGGGAAACACAUGCACCGAUGGUUGA